AUGUCACUCCAGACAUCCAUCGCCGCCCUUGUGGCCGCCGCUGUGAAGGAGGCCUUGGCCCCCAUCACGGAGGCCUUAGCCCCCAUCACGGAGAGGCUGCAACGGAUCGAAGAAGCUGUCUUUUCGGAGACAACUUCUCAAUCAUCGAGGACAUCAGGGACCAUCACACCAGGCCCCCCAUCGGAGGACAGCGAAAUGGAGACGGAGCGCUUCAGCCCAGCCAAGACUGGAAAGAAGCGGCCAGCUCCAUCCCCCAGCCCCCGUGAUGAGAUUUCCACCGAAAACAGGUUUUCGAGCCUGUCGGAGGAAGAAGUCGAAUCCCCGCCAGUUUCGGACGACGAAAGCUCACCACUCAACCAGGCGAAGGACGUCUGGAAGGUGAAGACAGUCUGCAGCUUGGUAAUCAAGGCUGAAAAGCCGAGAAAAUCGAGCAAAGCAGCCCAGUGCCACCGCUGCCAGCGAUUUCAUCACGCACAGAGGAACUGCACGGCAGAACACCGUUGCGUCAAGUGUGGCGAAGCCCACGAGACCAAGGUGUGCACUAAGGAGCGCGCAGCGUCCCCCAAGUGUGCCAACUGUAGUGGCCCCCACACGGACAACUACAUGGGCUGCCCAAAGUUCCCGAAGGUGCAGGCUCAACGGACCAAGGUCGCCGCCCCCAAGGCAAUCCUCACCGCCACCAAAGGCACCGGAGCCACCAAGAAGACUGCGAAACAGCGUCAAACGGUGAACUUCGGCCUUCAGAAGAGCCAAAUUGCCACCUCCGUGGCAACAGCAAAGAGCUCAAAGGAGCUGGCUGAAAAACUUUCAGCCUACAUCGCCCUCCUUCUGAAUAAUUGAUGAGUGCAAAUCAACUAAUUCAGCGCUCUUUUCAAUGCAAUGCGAAUGCCAACGGCCUUCGAGCGGCCCGAGACGAGCUCGAAGAA